GAACAGUCCAACAAAGAUUAGCAGGUGAACAGACUUAUUGAUAGCAACACGGUGUGAAACAGGGCAGAAAGUGUACGCAAAGUUGGACAUUUUGUUGUAAAAUUUUUCGAAAUGCUUUUGUAUGCAGCCACAACGCAUGUAGCCCAAAGUUGUCAAAUGUGCUGAAAUAAAAACAUGACGAGUUGAAAUCGUCUACAACUCCGACAAAAAUCAGUGGAACUGCAUAUGAGAACAGACAUGGCUGCUCCCACGACAUCCAAUUGGCACGGAUAUUUUGAGGAAGAAACCUCUCCAUUGACAGUGAGGGAACGAGACCGCCUGUACGAUGACCGACCGCAAAGCAUGACAGCAUUCCACUCCAGACCAGUCCAGAAACUGACCGACAAGAGGCCGCCCCGAUCCAGAUCCAAAAUUGAGAUCAGCCAUAGAAUGAGAACCUUUGUCCCAGACUGCGUCACCCCUAAACCCAACGAUCCCUUCCGUCUGUGGAUUGAGAGCGGCCGGAAGUGCGCCCCCUUCCCUCCGCGUUGGGAUCCCGACUACAACAGCAACGUCUGGCGGAAUUUCAGCAGUCGGGUCGGGUACCGAGUGGAUUCCCACGACAGGAGCAUCUCGGAGUUGGUGGCCGACAUGUACCCGAUGAAGAUCCCGCCCCACUCGGAGAUGAACGACAACACGUUCGUCAAGUUUCUCAGCGAAGUCCCAAUGAUCAAAGACCGGAAGCGGCGGGACUUGGCCAUCUCGCGCUCGGUCCGGGAACUCAAGGAUUUCAAGGAGUUGAAACUGCGCAGCGAGAUGCGCGUUCCGCCCAUCACCGAGCGCGGCGACAUCGCACCGCCGAAAGGCUUUAAGAAAUACGAACAUCGGAGACUCGCGUCUCCGGAAAGCACUGCCACACAGUCGCUGCGGCAGAUGACUGAGUUGGAGAGAGAUAGUCAGCGUGGGGUCUUGGGCACGCAUAGAACUGGCGGGACCAGACUAUGGAAGUUGACGUUUAGGGAGAAUCAUCCGGAUUACGAUCAGAUGCAAGCAGAUCAGAGAGAGAAGCGUCUUCAGCCACCAAAGAGCCCAAUUCCAGGAGAAAUAUGGUUCCAGUAAUGGGUCUGUGCGGGACUAUAGAGGGCGCUAUUUGUUAACAAA